GCGUUUGUCGUCGAGGAGUGUGUAUUUGUUUAUUUUGAACAUUUGCGUGUUGUUUUUGUUUUGAUUUGUUUUACACUUAGUUACAUUGUGCACUUUUGAUUUAUAUUAUUUAAUUUCUUCUGCAAUUUAUGCUUCUUUAUUUUGAAACUUCUACGAGAUCACCCACAUUUUGUGAUGCAGCGUGAACAAAACACGUAAUUACUCAUCAGCUCAACACAACAAACACCUAUGUAGCCGUUUCUGAUGAAUUUGCCGUUUUAAUUAUUUAGCUGACUUAUUUAUUGUUUCUUAUGCAACAUGAAUUUUCUGUCACUUUUAUUUAUAACAUUCUUCACGACUGCCUAUGCAGCACUCACGGGAUCUAAUAUAUGCACCAAACAAGAAACUUAUACAGUGACUGUUCGGGUGUCGGAAGAGCAGCCGUACCAAGUGCGCGAGUACGUGUGGUGCCUGAACUUCCCGCCGCGAUGCUCCAAGUACAAAAUCAAGUUCAAAACGGUUUACAAGACGCAGAACCUGGUGAAAACACGCCCCGUCGAGGACUGUUGCAAGGGCUACACGAAAAACGAGGCGGAGAACAAGUGCAUACCUAUCUGUUCGACGAAUUGCCUCCACGGCACCUGCGUGGCGCCCGAGACUUGCCAAUGCGAAUCCGGAUAUGGAGGUCCUAACUGUGAUAUUUCUUGCCCUAUGGGACAAUGGGGUAGAGAGUGCCAGAACAAAUGUUUGUGCCAAAACAAUUCGACGUGCGACCCGUUCAACGGUCACUGUCGCUGCUCAAGAGGAUGGAUCGGUAGCCAGUGCGAGAAGAAAUGCGACCGCGGCACCUACGGCAUGGACUGCAUGGAAAAAUGCCGUUGCGUGAACGGCGAAUGCGACCACAUUUCCGGCGAAUGCCACUGCAACUCCGGAUACAUGGGUCCAUUGUGCGACGAUCCUUGCCCGCUUGGCACCCACGGGCCGGAGUGCAUGAGCGAGUGCCGGUGCCAGAACGGCGGCACGUGCGAUCCGGAGGACGGGCAGUGCUACUGCCAACCGGGAUGGAUAGGAACGGUCUGCGCUAACCGGUGUCCCUUCGGAUUGUGGGGCGAGAGAUGCAAUCAGACCUGUGACUGUUACAACGGAGCUUCCUGUCACCAUGUUAACGGCACGUGUGAGUGCCAGCCCGGAUUUAAAGGAGACAGAUGCUUGGACACUUGUCCGGAUGGAACUUGGGGAAAAGGCUGUGCCAAGACAUGCAACUGCAAGAACGGCGCAAAAUGCUCGAACAAAGACGGCAGCUGCUCAUGUGAGAAGGGAUGGAGAGGCAAAUUGUGUGACAAAAGAGUCUGUCCCGACGGUUUCUACGGACCGAAGUGCGACAAAGUCUGCCAAUGCGUCAACGAAAACACAGAAAUGUGCCAUCCAUGGACCGGCAAAUGUGACUGCAAGCCGGGAUGGAACAGCGAAGAUUGUUCGAGAUUGUGCCCGAUUUUGACCUACGGCAAAGGUUGUCACAGCAUUUGUAACUGCGAGAAUAACGCUCAAUGUUCCCCAGUCAAUGGUACGUGUAUCUGUCCGCCUGGAUUCACCGGCGAUACCUGCAACGAGACCUGCGAAGCCGGCAAGUUCGGGGAGGAAUGCGCCCACACUUGCGAAUGCAAAAACGGUGCCACUUGCUCACUGGAAACGGGCGAGUGUCACUGCCCUCCGGGUUGGGAAGGACAACAGUGCGAUCGACCUUGCAGGAACAACUCAUAUGGUACAAAAUGCCUCAACAAGUGUGAUUGCAAAAACGGAGCAUCUUGUAAUCCAGUUAACGGUAACUGUACUUGUGGCGCCGGUUACACGGGACAAUACUGCGAAAACAAAUGUCCUGAAGGAUACUUUGGACCUCAAUGUGAGCAGGUUUGUGACUGUGAAGAGGGUCACCAUUUAGGCUGUGAUCCCGUUUCCGGAAAAUGUAUUUGUAAACCAGAAUGGAAAGGCGUAAGAUGCGAAUCAAAUUGUCCGACCGGCAAGUACGGAGCAUCGUGUGAAAACGACUGCAACUGCAAGAACAAUAGCUCUUGCGAUCCGGAGUCCGGAUCAUGUUACUGUGCCAGAGGCUGGAAGGGACCCGACUGCGACCAACCAUGCGACAACGGUUAUUACGGCAUCGGAUGCCGCCAGAAAUGUCCGGACAUCCUACAAGGAAACAAAACCUGCGAUCACAUCACGGGCGAGUACAUUUGUCCGGCCGGUUACAUGGGCCUGACCUGCGACCAUCCGUGCCCGUUCGAGACCUACGGCAAGAACUGCGGCUUCAACUGCUCGUGCAAGAACGGCGGCGAGUGUCACCACGUCACCGGAGAAUGUCAGUGUUUGCCCGGGUGGAUGGGCAAGAACUGUUCGACGCCGUGCCCGCCUGGCACCUUCGGCAUCAACUGUGCCCAACAUUGCAAAUGCUUGAACGGGGGCGAGUGCAGAAGGAACGACGGUGUGUGUCGGUGCCGACCCGGUUACACAGGGUCUCACUGCAGUGAAAUUUGCCCUGAAGGCUACUAUGGUGAUCACUGCAUGGAGCCAUGCGAAUGCAAGAACGACAAUUUCAUCUGCCAUCCUGCUGAGGGUUGUAUCUGCAGGCACGGAUUCACCGGCGAAAAUUGUUCUGAAUCGAAUAUUCUGAGCCGCAUUAAAGAGAAUGAUGAGGGUGGCAACUAUGGAGUUGUUGUGGCGGGAUUGAUGGUCUCCAUCGUUUUGCUCUCAGUAAUUAUACUCUUAGUAUUUUAUUAUAGAAGAAGGGUGGCAAAUUUAAAAACUGAAAUUGCUCAUGUGCAAUACAUAGCUGAUCCAAGAGGAUUUUCUCCAGAUCGCAAUCAUUUCGACAAUCCCGUUUAUUCAUAUCAAGCACCUGGACGAAAAGACAAUGAACAACUUCUGAACAACACAAACACAAUCAGAAACAACCUGCAAAAGACUAACAACAUGAACGCAGAGCGAGCCCGAUUAGGUAUAGGAGGAUGUUGUUCCACUGAUGACGACGAAUUUUCAAAGGGAGCUUAUGGUGGAUGCAGCGACGAACUUCGUAGUUUAAAGAACAAAGAGGCAGACUUAACAAAUCCGAACAUAUAUCACAGCAUAGAUAAGCUGGAUCACGUGUACGACGAAAUAAAACAUAAGGACACAAAAGAUAUUGAUUUGGAAUAUGACCACCUGGAUUACACCAGACCUACCAGCACAUUAAAGCCCCACUAUCAACACAUGCCUAGUCCCUUUGGAUCGCGAGAUUUAACAAAAGAUGAUAAAUCUGAGACUGAAGAAGUUUAAAAAGUUAGAUAUUUUGUAAGAUCAUGUUCAUCUUUAUUUUUAAAGAUUUACAAUUUAUAUUUUUAUACUCGUUCCUUAAGAAGGUUGACAUAUCUUUUUUCUUAUGCAGUUUUAUAUUCAAAAUUAUACACUGUAAAUCAAACUUUUGAUCUCCCUUUAUACAAUGAACAUGUGUAGGCUCAAGUCACUCAUAUUUCUCCCGAAAAUUUUACAACAAGAUUUUACAUUAUUUAUUUAUACAAAAUUAUAUUUUAAUAUAACUAAUACGAAGUGUCCAGAAAUCGCCCGACUUGAAAAUUGAUUUUGAAAUGAUUCUUUACUAAAAUAUCAAUUUUCAAAUCUGUGCUUAAUUUACGAUGCUUGUAUAGAAAACUUUUAUUGUAUAUAUUAAAUGUUUUUAUGUAUUUACUAUAAUUUUAAGACACUUAAUUAUUUAAUGUGUAUCAGAGCAAUAAUUUCAUUAGCAUAUCAUGAUAUUCUACAUUAAUUAAGGCAAACUAAUAUUAAGUUUCUUCUAUUGAGGUGUUCCCUUUAAACAGAUGUAAGUGAAAGAAUUUAUGUUCUUAUGAAUAUUAUUGUUUGAGUAUUUAAUGCUCUUUUAUAAUUAGAAUGAAUAAACAAUACUUCCCCCCUAUAUUGAGGCAGAUCUUCCUAUAUGUAAGAACUAUAUUAAAAUAUGGUGUUUUAACGUAGUCCGAAUUAAAUUUAAAGGGUUACAGUAAAAGAUAUUCAUUUAUUGUGUAUAUAUAAUUUAUAUUUCUGUGAUAAGAUUGUGUGUGUUUAAGAAAACAAUAAAAUUUUUAUUAGUAUCGUCCAA